AUUGCGCAGAUACUCGAGAAGCAGGAUUUCCUCAUGCACUUGGCGCGCGCAUGGCAUGCGUUCGGGUCGCCGGUGCACCGAAUGGAGGCGAACCUCCUGGAGGUCGCCCGGUACCUGGACAUUGAAGCAUGCUUUUUUACUAUCCCCGGACUGACGCUCAUUUCGUUCGGCGAUCCUGAUACGCAUUCUUCGGAGACGCAUAUUGUGCGAGCGUCCGACAGCUACGAUAUGCACAGGUUGGAGCUGGCUAACCAGAUAUCCAGGCAGCUGCGCAAGGGGAACUCCACCGUCCACGAGUCCAUUCGGGAUAUCGAGGCCCUGCUCGCUGCCCCGCCCUUGUAUCCGUGGUAUCUUCGCGUGGCAGUGUGCUUUGUGCAGUCUUUUUGCGUCUCAGCGACGCUGUUCCAUGGAACAUGGAAGGAGGCAGCACUUUCGGGCGCAAUGGGACUGGUCGCGGGUGUUUUUGAGCAGCUUAGCUCGGAAUAUUUGACCGUCGGGUAUUUGCUCAAUGUCCUGCCGCCGCUGAUCGUCGCUCUGGUCACUGCCGUUCUGUCCGACCACAUCUGCUUUGCUGCCGUGCCGAUGGCGGCGACAAUCAACCUGUUGCCGGGACUCGGGCUGGCUUUGGCCAUGAUGGAGCUAUCAUCGAGCAAUAUUAUUUGCGGAGCGGUCCGGCUGAUUGCUGCCACGAUGACCUCGUUUAUGAUUGGGUGGGGCACCGUCGUUGGCUACAAUUUGGGUAUGGCGGCCUUGGGUCGGGAGGGUCAGGAAAUGGGGUUCGCGAGCUACUCCUCGUGCGAAGCCAUGUCUAUGUGGUGGUGGUUCCUGUUUGUUCCCCUGAGCACCAUCGGGUUCAGCAUCUGGUUCAAGGUACAUUGGAAACAAUGGCCAGCGAUGAUAUUCGCUGCGUCCGCCGGCUUGGUCAUCCAGACCUAUUGCGAUAAAGUCAAGGUCAUGCAGCCGAUUUCCGCUGGCUUGGCCUCUUUUGCAGUUGGCGUGUUUGGGAACGUAUACGGGAGGGUGUUC